AUGUGUAGUGUUAGUGACUAUGUCGUGGGAGCGGUGCUGGGUCAAAGGAAGAAUAAGGUGUUUCAUAUCAUCUACUAUGCAAGCAAAACCUUGGAUGGAGCUCAAAUGAACUAUGCUUCUACUGACAAGGAGCUCCUUGCGAUUGUUUAUGCCCUUGAUAAGUUUCGAACCUCUCUCAUUGGUUCGGAAUUCAAUUUUCACAUUGAUCAUGCCGCAUUCAAUCCCCUUGGUAGGCAGACUUUGCAAAUUACUGCGUUGGCGGUUCUCAUCCUCUGUGCCGAUGGGCUCUUUUGUAUAUGUGUUGCUGAUUGGGACACUCAUGGUGUUUUGAAACAUUGUCAUAGCAUGCCAUCUAGUGGAUACCUCGGUCCUAAUGCAACUGCCCAUAGAGUUCUUCAAAGUGAUAUAUAUAUUGAUUAUGUAACUAAGUGGGUCGAAGCUAUUGCAUUGCCAAGUAAUGACUCUAAAGUUGUUAUGAAGCUUUUCAAGAAGAUCAUCUUCCCACGCUUCGAAGUCCUAAGAGUUGUGAUUAGUGAUGGUAGUUCUCAUUUUCAUCAACGGACUGUUAAGGCUCUUCUGAAGAAACACGGAGUUACUCAUAAGGUCGGCUUUGACUAUCAUCCUCAGACGAGUGGUCAAGUUGAAGUUUCUAAUCGCCAGAUCAAGAGAAUCCUCGAAAAGGUGGUCAACAAGUCUAGGAAGAAUUGGUCAUUGAAAUUGGAUGACACUUUAUGGGCAUUGCGCAUGGCCUACAAGACUCCAUUAGGGACAACUCUGUAUCAGUUGGUGUAUGGAAAGGCUUGUCAUUUGCCAGUUGACAUGGAGUAUCUCUCUGCUUGGGCCGUCAAGGAGAUCAAUUUGGAUUUUGAAGCGGUUGGUUGA